AUGUCUUACAAACCAAACUUGAACGCGCACAUGCCCGCCGCCUCCCUCAACGCGGCUGGAAGUGUCCACUUUCCUUCUACCAGCAUGGCAGCAUCCUCACAGUACCGCCAGCUGCUGAGUGACUAUGGACCCCCAUCCCUUGGCUACACCCAGGGAACUGGGAACAGCCAGGUACCCCAAAGCAAAUAUGCUGAGCUGCUGGCCAUCAUCGAAGAGUUGGGAAAAGAGAUCAGGCCCACCUACGUGGGAAGCAAGAGUGCCAUGGAGAGACUAAAACGAGGCAUCAUUCACGCUAGAGGACUGGUUCGGGAGUGCUUGGCUGAAACAGAACGGAAUGCCAGAUCCUAGCUGCCUCAUUCGCUUGGAAGGCUUUCCAUCUUUUUACAAGAUGAGAAGCUAUAGUUCAUCUCCCCUGUUCAGAUGAACUCUUGUUUUCAAAAUGUUAACAGUUUGUUUUUAUUUCUCCCCGUUUCCCUCCCAUGGUUCACUAGGCUCUGAACCUAGACUUUAAGCCUGAGAAGAGAUUUUGCAGUUGAUUAGGAUUUGUGUUUUAAAUAGUUAGGAAGUACCUGGGUUUUUUUUCCCUUAAGCAUUGAUU